AUGUCACAGACCAAAACACUGAAGGUUCGUGUGACCCUCUUCUUCAUCCUGGUCGGGGGAAUGCUGGCCAUGGUGGCUGUGGCCACUGACCACUGGGCCUUGCUGAGCCCACACCUGGAGCACCGUAAUGAAACUUGCGAGGCAGCCCACUUCGGCCUCUGGAGGAUCUGCACCACGCGCGUUGCUGUGCAUGGCAAAGAAGACAGGAAUUGUGAACACGUCACGCUCUCAGGGGACAAGAACUGUUCCUACUUCAGACACUUCAACCCAGGAGAGAGCUCAGAGAUCUUUGAAUUCACCACUCAGAAAGAGUAUAGCAUCUCGGCAGCGGCCAUCGCCAUCUUCAGCCUCGGCUUCAUCAUUGUGGGCUCCAUCUGCGCAUUUCUGUCCUUUGGGAAUAAGCGUGAUUAUCUGCUGAGGCCAGCAUCCAUGUUCUAUGCCUUUGCAGGCCUCUGCCUUAUUGUCUCCGUGGAGGUCAUGAGGCAAUCGGUGAAGCGCAUGAUUGACAGUGAGGAUACCGUCUGGAUUGAGUACUACUAUUCAUGGUCCUUUGCCUGUGCCUGUGCCGCCUUCACCCUGCUCUUCCUCGGUGGGCUGUUCCUCCUGCUCUUCUCACUGCCUCGGAUGCCCCAGAACCCCUGGGAGUCCUGCAUGGAUGCUGAGCCGGAACACUAG